CUUAGUUUUUUCUUAUUUUAAGCAAUGUAUCAUUUCUUCAAGGAUUAAAAGUAGUUUAAAAGCGCAAUGGAUGAAGAUCUAGAUGUAAUACAAUCCUGAUACUUCUGAGUUCAACAAAAAAUGAAAGAAGUUUUAGAGAGUUAGAUUGCAGUUGAGAGGGAAAAAACCUUGGAUUUCCUUCAGUUCAACUUGGUAAAUCCAGGAAGGAUCUUUAAAAUAUUGAAUUAUUUUUUAUCAACAAUAAGCCAGGAGUAUGUUACCAGAAAGGAAAACCAAAGUGGAUCAGUUGAUCCGGAUUAUGGAUCAUGAAGGGCCAGGAGGAGCUUAUGAGCAGGAGUACUGUAUCUGUCGCUCCAAAGACUGUAGUCGAUUUAUGAUUGGUUGUGACAACUGUGAAGAAUGGUACCAUGGAGAUUGUAUUGGAGUCACCCAGAAAGAUGCCGAACUUAUAAAACACUUCUACUGCACUUCUUGUAGACAACACGAUCCAAGUCUGGAAAUCAAAUACAAACACAAGAAAAGUUCCAAGGAGAAACACUCCUCUCACAAACAUUCAUCACAUUCUGACAGAGAAUUCAGAAGCAGAGAUGAUUCUAGUAGUAAGAAGAAGUCAUCGCGACGUUGUGGGGAGUGUACAGCCUGCCACAGAACAGAGGACUGUGCACGAUGCGACUACUGUAAGGACAUGAAGAAGUUUGGAGGGCCAAACAAGAUCCGUCAGAAAUGCAGACUACGACAAUGCCUCAAUUUCGGUUUAAAUAUGAUGAAUAAAAAAUCCAUGGAAAAACAAGAGUGUGUUCUGACCACCGAAACAGAGUCUAUCAGGACAGAGUAUUACAGUGGUGUUCGCGAUGAUGACGAUGACUUUAUGGAUGUCGAUGAUGAUCCAGAUUAUGGCUCAGAAAACAUUGAAAAAUCACCAAAGGGUAAGAGGGGGAGAAAGAAAAGUAUGUCAGAGAGUGGGUCAGCUAAAAAGAAGUACAAGAAAAGAGGACGCAAGCACUCGCCAGACAAAAAGACAAAGAAAGCCAAAGAGAAUGCUUCCUUUGAAUCAAAGAGAAAGAGGUCAGAGAUAGAGGAAGUUCGUGAGAGUGAGAUUGAUGAGCCAAAACAAUGCUUUGGACCUGGCUGUAUCGAGGCAGCCAGACCAAAUUCCAAGUAUUGUUCAGAUGAUUGUGGUCUUAAACUAGCCAAAAGUCGGAUCUACGAGCUCUUGCCUCCUAAGAUUUCCCAAUGGCAGAGCAGCCCUUGUGUGACGGAGGAGAACAAUAAGAAGAUGCUGGAGAAGAUCAGACGCGAGCAGCUGGAGUGUCGACAGAAACUGGCCGAGCUCGACCUCAGGCACCAGGAGCUGGACGGCAUCGUGGACCGUGCAAAGAACGUCACUAUAGCCCCAGAACAAGAUGAGAAGGAUAAUGAGGAUGAUUUGGAGUUAAGUCUGUACUGUGUCACGUGUGGUGCCGAGUUAAAUCAGAAAGGAGCAUUGCGUCACAUGGAAAAAUGCUUCUCCAAGUUUGAAGCCCAGACAUCUUUCGGCUCUAUCUACAAGACAAGGAUUGAAGGGAAUUCCAUGUUUUGUGAUUACUAUAACACACAACAGAAGGUGUACUGUAAACGACUCAAAGUCCUCUGUCCAGAACACACCAAGGAGCCAAAGGUUGGACCAGAAGAGGUGUGUGGCUGCCCUCUGGUGGUGGACGUCUUCACAGAGACGGGGGAAAUCUGUAGGGCACCAAAGAAGAAGUGUAAUAAACACUACUGCUGGGAGAAAUUACGCCGAGCUGAAAUUGACAUGGAGCGCGUUAGACAG